AAUAAUGCAAACACUUGUUAUAGAUUUAUCAUCAAGGGAAGACUUGACGCCCUGUACAGAAAUUGGGAAUCAUCCUAUAAAAACCAUUCAGAAGUUACAGUUUCUGCAACACCCUCUUCUCUUUGUAUAAAUUUCAAGCUUCUAUCUCAAUAAUCAUGGGUUCCGAAACUCUCCCAAAAUUACCUGUUAUUGAUUUAUCAUCAAGGGAAGACUUGAGGCCAGGUGCAGAAACUUGGGAAUCAACUAGAAAACAAGUAUGCCACGCUCUUGAAGAGUAUGGCUGUUUCGUGAUUGAAAGCAGUCAAGUUUCUUUAGAUCUCCAUAGUGAAAUCUACAGUUCAGUUUUGGAUUUGUUCGAUUUGCCAGUAGAAAUCAAAGAGCAGAAACCUGCUCAUCAGAGGGACCAUCCUCUCGGAAGGUCAAGCUCAUUUAGCCCUAAACAUGAGCGUAUAGACACUGAAAAUUUAACCACUUUAGAAGGAGCUCAGAGUUUCACCAAACUCAUGUGGCCCUGUGGAAAUCACCGAUUCUGUGAAAGUGCCCAUGAGAUGGCAAAGAUUAUGAUGAAUUUAGAUCAAACGAUUGUGAGAAUGGUAUUCCAGAACUAUGGGGUAGAAAAAUACUUUGACUAUUACGUUGGAUCAAUGAAUUAUGUUAUUGGGUGCAGCAAGUAUAAAGAAUCCGAGACGAACGAGAGCUAUUUGGGUCUUCUCGCCCACACUGAUAAGUCAUUUUCAACCACAAUUCAUCAGAAUGGUGUUAAUGGACUGGAGAUUCAGACAAAAGACGGGCAGUGGAUUCUUUAUGAUCCCCCCUCGCAUUCAUCGUUCAUAUACCUUUCUUCUGAUGCAUUCAAGGCAUGGAGCAAUGGCAGAGUACGUUCAUGCUGUCAUCGAGUCAUUAUGAAUGGAAACAAGACCAGAAUUUCGUUGGUGUCCACUACAUUUCACAAAGGGCCGGCGCUGAGUGUUCCUGAUGAGCUAGUUGAUGAGGAACACCCUUUGCGAUACAAGCCAUUUAAUCACCUUGAAUAUCGUAAAGUGCAUAUAGAAUUAGGCUUGAAGAAAAUUGGGUACUCUAUUGAAGCUCACUGUGGUGUCUAAUAGACCACUUUUCGUCCUAUAUAUAUAAUCUUUCUGGCUAUAUUUGCUAUUUACUUGAUAAGUGUCACAUCCUUAAAGUCAGUGUUUUGCCUUUUAUUUCUGUAUACAAUAUUGAAUUAUGUAUGGAACAUGGCAUGAAUAAAUUUGAGCCUAAUUGCGUGAUGCAUUGAAUCCAAAUAUUAAAAAUCGCGUGGUGGAAAAAUUCGUUUUGAAAUAAGAAAAAAUAAUCAUGUUUGCUCAAUAAUGUCAACUUAUUCAUAUAAUAUUUUUGUUGCGAUAGACAAAGGAAAGGAUAUACUGUAUUCUUCUAAUACAAAGCAUUGAAAAAAGUUACAGAUACCUCUAUCAAUCUCUAUAAAUUAACUUAAUUUGUAGCUUGGGAAGGAAAAAGAGAAACUAUGGAUUCCCCAAAACUUCCUGUUGUAGAUUUGUCUGGUGAAGACUUGA